AUGUCGACUGGCGAGCUCCGCUUGCUGAAAGUCCCUAGGUGGUUGUCGGAGCAGUGGCUCAAGUCCAAGCCGAAGGACUUGGUGGCUGAUUUGGAUCUCGACCAAGGCAUCCUCAAGCUGAACUCCACUGGCACAGGGUGUCCAACAGUGUUGCGAGUAGAGCGGCGAGCGUCUCCAGAGCUCUUCAGCUUUUGGCAGCCUUUGGAUGGCUCGGAGGCACCCAUUGAGGGUCCCAUUGUGGAGGCUCUGACCGUGCGCCCAGAUUUGCUUGACCGAGGCUAUCGGAGUUUGUUGCAGCACCGCACCGAGGAGACAGCACUCGCUUCAGGAAGCCGUAGUCGUCAUGAGGAGCGCAUCAUCCAGGGAGAUGAGCGGCCUUCAGUGGUGAGGGCACCAGCAAAGCCUGCAGCAGCUGCAGCUGCAACUCCCGGUGCCUCUUUGCAGGAUGUCUUAAGUGCGGUUGAGAAGGCAUUGCAGGGGGCUGGAACAAGAGGGCUCACUGGCUUGGAGAUUUUUGAGCGCUUGCCGCCUGGCGGCUGCACCUUGGCACAGCUCCGAGAUGCGCUCUUGGCAUUAGCCAUCCCAGCACAAGCAGAAGAUGGCGCCCGUCGUUAUGUGUAUGCUCCAUGCAUGGGGCGCGGCCGCAGCGGUCAAAUGAUGCGAUGGUCCCAAGAAGAUGCUGGCGAGGAAGCCCGAAUUACGACGGGCCACCUCCGAAAGCGCGCUCGAACAGCUGCUGGCUGA